CAACUAGAACCAUUGAUAAAUGGUGUGAAAUGUUAAUGCAACCCAGGUUUAGUAGUACAUUUUACAGUGGGGGCUUGAAAACAGAACCAUGUUUUCUGCUGUAAAAUUGCAGACACCAAUUCCUACAAUUAGCCAUUCCAAUUUCAUCAAGGCCGACGGAACCCUAAACUCGUCGCCGGUUAUUCUCCGUUUUCCACCUCGCCGAUUCAACGUACGUUCUCAUCAAUCUUCGAGAAAUGUGUCUUCUGCUGAACCUUCGGUUUCUUCCGAAAUUUCCUCCUUCAUUGGAUCUCCUUCCCUCCCUCCCCCUCAGUUGAAUCUCUCUCAACGUCACAUUACGGUCUUGAACAUUCUCGCUUGUGCGGUUGCAUGUUCUGCGACUUGGCUAUUUAUCUCAGCAAUUCCAGCACUUUUGGCUUUUAGGAGAGCAGCCGAGUCACUGGAGAAGUUAUUGGAUGUCACAAGAGAAGAACUCCCUGAUACCAUGGCAGCAGUUCGCUUGUCUGGAAUGGAAAUCAGUGACUUAACUAUGGAGCUAAGUGAUUUGGGCCAGGAGAUAACACAAGGUGUUAAGAGGUCUACUCGUGUCGUACAUACAGCAGAAGAAAAAUUGCGUAAUUUUGCAAACAUGACAUCAACAGCACCAAUGCAGGAAAUAGCCAGACCUAUGACAACCACAACGCUUGAGCCUGCAGUAGCCAGAAGUGUAAGAGGCGUACGAGAGGGCAUUGUAAAAGGCCGUACUGUAUUGCAAGCGAUUUUUGCUCUUACCGGAUUUUCAAGGACUCUAGCGAGUUUCUUCUCGAGUAGGUCUAGACGUAGGUCCUUGAACAAAUAAUUUUGAAGGUAAAAUCACUAAUUUUAUUGCCACUUCUGUACAUACGAAUAUUUGAUUUCACCGAUGUCGACCUUGUGGCAUCAUGAUUAACAUUAAGAUUCAUGUGUUGGAUUGGAUCUAUAUUAUGGAAUUGCUGUGAUCCCUGUACACUCUCAACAAGUAGACUGUAAUUAGACGUGGGUUAAGAGCGCUGUUUGCCGAACCAUGUAUCAAUUUGUCGAAUGUUUGAGAGUAAUGAUAGAAUAAUGGUUAGAUUUCUCA